AUUACUUAUAUUGCAAGAGUUUCGAGUUAAACCUGAUUUUUGAGGUGCGUAUGAGCGUAUCCUUUGUUGGUCGCGGGAACUCUUGCCACCGUUGUUGCCCGUGCUCCCCUGAAAAUACUCCAGCAUUUUUGUUAUUCCUUAUCUCGUUAUGGCAGCUGUUAAUGGGACGUCUUCUCCAGUCAAAAGCACAUCCGCGGAGAAGCGCGCCGUUCACAAUGCUCUGGAACGGAAGCGUCGCGAUCACAUUAAGGAUAUGUUCAGCCAGCUGAAGGAUUCCGUGCCGAAUCUGUCCGGGGAAAAGGUUAAUAAAGCAUCACGGGCGCAGAUCCUGAAGAAAGCCUGCGACUACAUCCAGCUCAUGAGGAGGAAGAACACCUCGGCUACGAAAGAUCUGGAUAUGUUGACGCAGCAAAUCACGCGGACGAAGAAGCAAAUCGCUAAACUGGAGAGCGUCCGCAACACCACCCGCUACGUCUCCGGCCUGUCCCCGCCGGAAUCCCACGUCCUGCCGGCGCCAUCCCCCAGCGAGCCGCCGCAACACUUCAACCUGGCCCCGGCGCACUCCCUGUCGACCAUUCCCACCCUGACCCUGCCGCCCCAGGGGUACGGGACGGCGCCGCUGCUGGACAGCUACCGCAUGAUCAACACUCGCCUGCCCAGUCUCUUCGUGGCCGACCGCGGCCUCCAUGGCAGUCCGCUAAUGGCGGCGCGCGGCGGUAUGAUGGAGACGGCGGGCGAGGGGAUUCCCGUGACGGCUAACAUGGAGCGAAUCUGAGAAAUUCAUUAAAAAAUACAUAAAAAAUGGAAAAGGGAUUUUGGUCGGAAUUUUUUGGGUUUUAUUGUGGUAGCUGUUGGUUUGGUCCUAUCCAGAGAGUUUUUAUCUUGUUUUUUGUUUAAGAAUGUGUCUUGGGGUUUUAGUUAUGUUUUUUCAUCCGCUUUUCCGGUGGUUGAUGCGAUUUUGUGUCCACUGUUUUAUUUUGAAGAGGUUUUAUCUUUUGUUGUUUUUGUUUUUGGGCCGCGUCUAUGGGCCGCGUCUAUGGGCCGCUGCAGACGUCGUGUUUUUCGUAUUUAUACACGAUAUUAGCGUGGUACUGAAGAACGUGAAGAUGUGUGUUAUUGAGAACGGGUAAACGGCGAUAAAGCACGUACGGAUCG